CACAACCAGUGUAGCCUCCGCCGUGUCGUCACCUCGGACAUAACAAGCAUACGUAGACCUUUAGUGCUGUGAAGUCAUGACUAGUGUUGAAGGAAUCCUCAACUACCAGAAGAAGGAAGAGGAAGACCUCUACGGAAUCCUGGGAUGUGACGAGAACGCAACGGAAGAACAAAUAACAGCAGAGUACAAAGUGUUGGCCCUGCAAUACCAUCCUGACAAGAAUGAAGGAAACAAGGAAGCUGAAGCCAAGUUUCAACAACUGAAGGAAGCAAAAGAGAUUCUAUGUGAUCCAGAGAAGAGAGCAAACUACGAUAAAUGGCGACACAGCGGAAUCUCCAUCAGCUAUAAGCAGUGGCUUGGCAUGAAGGAACAUGUACAUCAGUCAAUGCACUGGACCUCUUACAAGACGAAGGACAGGAUGUUACCAGAGACAGCUGGUGAAGGAGUAGCUGCAGGUGCGUCGUCUGCAUCACGACUACCGCCCUCGGCCAGUCGACGUGCGUCUGAAGGUGGAGCGAACAUACACUGGGGCGGACGACAAACCUCCGGCUGGAAAUCUGACACUCCCAAUGAUGUCGUCAGUAAAUUCCGAAACUACGAGAUAUAAGGACAGAUGUAUUUCGCCUUGCGGCUGUUUGAUUAAUCGUGAGUUUGGUGUAUCCCGAUGUUUGUCCACCACCUCGCUCCUUUAUCUGUGAUGUGUGUAUACCUGUACACUGUACAAAGCUCCUAUAUUUUGCUAUUUUUAUUCGUAAAUGUAGGUACACCAUAUAGGUGAAGAUAGAAGAAUGUGUAGGAUUUUGAAUCCUGUACUUUGGAAGGUAGAAGCAAUAAAAUAAAAUUUCCUUGGGAGAAGAUGUAAAUUUUUAUCGCAAUGAAUGUCAUUGAGUCAAACUAUUAAAUUUGAAUUACAAUCACAAACUGUUGUUAUCUUGGGCUCAAGAUGCACCUACCCAAUUGCUUACCUGGUAAUAAAAGUCUGCCAUUGUUUUCAUCAAAAUGUUAUAGCAUUGACCAUCCGUACUAGUCCGUUCAAAAAAUGUUGGCGGUUUAAGGGAAGGGUACCUGGGUUGACAGCAAGUAUUGGUCAAAGUGGCACAAAAGCAAUUGGCGGUAUUAGGAAAAUUCAAAUGCAUAUUCUCCUUUAAAAAUCAAUUUAUAUGCUAGUCAAAGUACUAUGUGAACCAUCAUUGUGGUUAAUAAUAAAAAUUGGAUUUAAAGUUACCGUACAAAAAAUAUUUUAUUUAUGACAAUCUAAAUAAAUCAUAAAAAUGAUUUCUUAAUUGAGUGCAUUCGCAAACAAGUAUUGUGGUUUAUUUUAUGUUUCUAAUAUCUUAUAAUUGAAGUUUCAAAUAAUCUCCAUAGUAAAAUUUGAUCAGUGAAAUGUGAGUUUUAUAUGUAUAAUUAAUAUAAUUAAUAAUUAAUUUAACAAAAUUAAUAUAGUAAUUAUAUUAAUCAUUAAUAUAAUUAAUAUGUAGUAAUAUAAAUUACUAAGGAGGCUAUUCUAGUUUCUUCAAAUACUUACAUAGAAAAUGAAUCUGUAAAGAAAUGGCAUGUAGAUAAAAUCAUGUUUAGCGGGAAAAACUGUAAUUUAUUAUGAUGCCAAGACAGUUAAUUAAUCAUAUUUUUAUAUUUUUUUUUUCAAAAAAUACCCUUUGAAGCUUACACACCAUAUUAGGAACACAAUGUUUAAAAAUGGUAUAGGUACCAAAAUUACAAUUUUUCUCAAGAGGUCAAUGUCUUGUCUAAGGUCAAGAAUGUUAACAUUUAAUGUUUUCAGUUGUUCACUGCUCUAAAAUGCAUUUGUGUAGACAAUCCAUAACUACUUACCAAUUAUGCAUAGGUUUUCUACUUGAAAGUAUAUAUUUUCAUAGAAGCUAUAUUUAAACAUAUAAAGUUUUAAGUACCAGUAAGUCUAGAUUUAAAAAAAUAUAUUCUUAAACUAUAGAUAACUUACUUCAAGUUACAGAUUUUCAGCACAAUUUUAUUUCUAGCUUAUUAAUAUUGUUAAUUGUAAACUGUAAUAACACAUUAUUACGUUUAAUUAUUUUUAAUUUUGUUCGAAAGCUAUACUUCACAAACUAGUUUUUAUCAUUGAGAUUACUGUAUUGUACAAAGAAUGGUUUAUAGUCAAGGUUUAUAUUAGUUCAGAUAAUAAGUUUAUUAAUAUUUGUUAAACUAGUUUGUUGUUAAUGUUUUAAGUUUCUAUAUAACUAGAGUUUACUAUAUUGUAUUUUAUAGAAGUUCAAAAGUUGAGUGAUCUUCAAUGGUGCUUCCUACACUUUCCUCUUAUGUGGUAUAAAUAAAGAAGUGUUUGAGUUUAUUUCAAACAUAGAACACCAGUAGAGUAACUAUUUUACUAAAUAUUAUUAAACUGAUGUCUAUUUAUGAACUUUCUAAGAUCAAUCAGUUUGUAAAAAAAUGUGGCAAAAUAUUAUAUAUUUAAUUUAAUCUAACUUACUGAAUCUUGCCUUCUGUAUCUAAUUUAAUUAAUUUCUUUACCCUAGAAUAAUUUAUGCUUACUCUUGCCAGAUAAGAAUUCUAUCUAUAAUUUGUAACUUCUUAUUUUAAGUAAUUCUGUCAUUUUGGACCUCACAUGUAGGCAAGUGGUCGGUCUUGUUUAAUGAAAAUUUGUGAAUUUCUAUAUAAUAAACACUCUUAAGUUGGUAGAAAUUAUAAUAGGUAAACAAUAAACAUAUAGACUAAUUUAAGCAUGGAAAGUGUUUUUGUGAGACAUAAAUUCUUAUGUUGGUAAUUUAAAAUAUUCAACAAUCACACCUCUAACAGAUUGACUUUUAGUGUAACAUUUUGGAAACACAGGGUAUAAAAAUUUAGGAUUCAUAUUGUCGAAUGUCUUUUGAAACAGUACAUUCAAUAUUAUGAAGUAAAUCUAUCAAUUACAAUUCUGUAUUGUCUUUUACGUAUGGAUUCUAGAACCUAAGAAUAUCCUACAUCAAUUAACAAUCUUUAAAUGUUCUAUAACCUAUAAAUCCCACACAAACGCACAAUAUUUACAUUAUGUUCAGUAUUUUUGUUAAAUAAAAAAUCACUGGUGAGUUUUUGUGUGGUUUAAUUUAUUUUGAAGUGUUGCUGUUAUUACAUUGAUAAAAUACAUGGAGCAUAAUGUUUUAGUCGGCUCCCUGUUGGAUUUGUUACACAUAACAUGUCUGCAGGUAAUAGGCUUUACGCCUUAUAAAUAUUUCCUGUAAAUGCGUGUGAGUGUUACUGCUCGUAACACGUUGGUGUCGAUGCAAUAAAAUGUAUGUAUUGACUUGAAA